AUGACGAAAUCACUUCCUUUGAAUGUAACUAUUAUUGGUGCUGGCAUAGCUGGCCUUUUUGCUGCCCGUGUUCUGCGCGAAAAACACAAUGUAACCAUCUUGGAGAGAAGCAGUGGUGGCAACGAAGUUGGGGCCGCCGUUACACCUGGACCCAAUGCAACUAAAUGGCUCACCAAGUACGGCUGGGACCCGAGGAGGUGCGGCGCAUUACCGCUCGUCAGGGUUCGAGUGUUGGAUGAGCAUGGAACAGUCAUACGCACGCAGGAUGUGACGGGUAUGAAGGAGAAUUUUAGAAGCGACUGGCUCGUGGUGCAUCGGAUAGAUCUAUGGAACGAGCUGCUGAGGCUUGCUACGGGUUCAUCCGAGAAGCUUGGGUUACCUGGAUCCCCAGCGAAGGUUAUCUGGCGCGCCCAAGUCGUGGGUGUUGACGUCGAAAGCGGCGAUGUCCGUCUUGCAGAUGGUACCGUCAUCGCAUCGGAUCUAGUCAUUGGCGCGGACGGGAUUAAAUCAGUCGUGAGGCCAUUUGUGCUUCCUGAUGCUGCAAAGCCUCGUUCUACCGGUUCAUCCAUGUUCCGGUUCGUCAUCCCGCGGGAGGUAGUAAACCAAGUGACGCCAGAUGCGCCGCUAGGAAGGUCUGGAAGCAGGAGCGGGAGUGAACUGAAUGUUCGGCUUGCGUUAGACGGAACGAAGCGCUCGGUGGUUAGUUAUCCGUGUCGAAACCAUGAGCUGUUGAAUGUCGGUUGCAUUGCGUCCAACGCGCUUAUCAACUUGCCAACUGCCGACUCGUGGGUUGCACCUGGCACCAAGGAAGACUUGCUGAGGGUUUUUGGCGAUUUCUAUGUACGGCCUAUUCUCGAGAAAGCGGAAAAUAUCAAGUUGUGGGAGCUGAGAGACAACGACGCCUUGCCAACAUACAUCAAUGGUCGGACUGUGCUUAUUGGAGACGCGGCUCACGCGAUGUCGCCACACCAGGGCCAAGGGGCGUCGCAAGCAAUCGAGGAUGGUGAAGCCAUGAGCUUGUUUGUUGACCAGGCUGUAAGCCGCGACAUGGUGGGAAGCGUGCUGAAGGACUUUGACCGCGUGCGCCAGGUGCGCGCGUCCAAGAUCCAGGCCAUCACACGCAGCGUACACGAGAGCAAGUCUCCAGAGACCAUGUGGAAAAACCAGCAGUACAACUUCACGUACGGAGGGAUCAGAGAGUGGCUGGAUAGGCUGCAAGCGGGCCAAGACAUAUAA